UAUUUUAAAGCCCAAUAAGCGAAAUCUAAGCCUCAAAGACUAGCAAGAGAGGAGAGACGCGGCGGCGUUAAACCCUUCCUCACCGUCAAUCUCUGAAACUCACUUAUACGCUACAAUGUUGGGUCUACGCAGAUCCGCGGCGACGUUAUUCGACCACAGCCAAUCUCUGCUUCGGAAUCUGUCGUUUCAUGGAUUGCGUGUGCAAGGAAUCCGUGUGGGAAACGCAGAGGUUCCAAACCACAAGCCACUCAAGACCGGUCUUCAAGAAGUGUACGGAAUCGGACGCCGUAAGUCUCACCAGGUUCUCUGUGGGCUCGGCAUCACUAACAAACUUGCAAGAGACUUAACUGGUAAAGAGCUCAUUGACCUCCGUGAAGAAGUUGGCAUGCACCAACAUGGUGAUGAGUUGAGGAGGCGUGUUGGAUCGGAGAUACAGAGACUGGUGGAAGUAGACUGUUACAGAGGAAGUAGACAUAGACAUGGGAUGCCUUGCAGAGGUCAAAGAACCAAGACCAACGCUCGCACUAAAAAGGGAAAGAGAGUUGCCAUUGCGGGAAAGAAGAAAGCUCCUCGCAAGUAGAACCUGGUGUGUGGCACCACCAGUCUUAAGACUCUGUUGAUCAAAUAAGCAAACAUGAUUUUCUCAGGUUUAUGGUCUUUCUUUUGUAAUUGCCAUUGCAGAGGAAGAAGAGAACACUUCCAAGUAAACAUCUUAGAACUUGUUCUUGUUCUGUAAUACUCUCACAAGCUUGUCUAGUCUCUUGGUUUUGAUUUGUUACAUUCCAUUACAAGAAACCAAACAAGACAUUAAUAAUCAA